UUGGAAAGUGAUCCAAUGCGACUAAGGCAAUAUAAGCGAAGCAGUAGUGCAGUGUGUGAAAUAGUAUUGAAAAACUCCACAGGCCAGGAAAGACUAAACGGUUUGGCGUUAAUAUCAAUCCGCCGCAGAAUUGACAUCGAAACCGAGGAGGUAAUUGAUUUGUUCACUGCAAAGAAAGCUAGAGGACUAAAUUUAAUUUUGUAA